AUGUCAAAAGAAGCGGUUGUGGGAAAGGUCUUUCCUUCAGGUGUGGCUGAAGAUGCUGCUCUCGAGAAUAUGGGUUAUCGUCCUGAACUCAAGCGAUCAUUCGGUCUCUUGGGCAUGAUUGGCUUCUCAUUUUCCAUCGUUACGAGGCAAGUAUUCUUCUGCGUAUGUUGUGCGUUUUCUGAAUCCCAACACCGUUGGAGUGCCCUCGGUGGUGUGCUUGUCACAGGUGUCAAUGCUGGUGGUCCACCGGUCAUGAUCUGGGGAUGGGUAGGCAUCAGUAUUGUCUCCCUCUGCGUCGUCUACUCCAUGGCAGAAAUGUGCUCUGAGUACCCCGUUGCCGGAGGACAAUAUUCAUGGGUCUAUAUUCUCUCACCGAAACCGGUGAGGAAACAAUUCUCUUAUCUGACGGGAUGGUUUAUGAUAAUCGGUAUUCUUGCCAUGGGCGCAACCAACAGUUUUAUUGGCGCAAACUUCAUCCUAGGUCAAGUGAAUCUGGUCAAUCCAUCAUAUGUGAUUGAGAGGUGGCACACCGUCUUGGUAGCAUAUGUGGUGACUUUGAUUGCAGCAUUCAUCAACUUAUGGGGAUCGAAGAUUCUUGACAAAGUCUCUACGGUUGCGCUGGUUUUCAACAUCGCGUCGUUUGUGGUGACAGUUGUCACCAUUCUAGCAUGCAACACCAACAAGCAAAGUGCUAGUUUUGUCUUCCGGGACUUUCAGAACUUUACUGGGUUUGGAACGGCUAUGGCUGGUAUUAUUGGGAUACUACAGCCGGCGUUUGGAAUGUGUUGUUACGACGCACCCUCCCACAUGACCGAAGAACUAAAGGAUGCCUCCAAAGAAGCACCUCGCGCGAUGGUUCUCUCCGUCUACAUUGGAGCCAUCACUGGUUUCAUUUUCCUCAUCGCUGUUUGCUUCUGCGUAGGCGACAUUGAUGCCGUUGCCAACACACCUACAUUAGUUCCGCUAAUUCAAAUUUACGCCGAUUCAACCAAUAGCCACGUCGGAGCAUGUUUCCUCGCUUCUAUGAUUGUCAUCAUCAACGUCACAUCUUCCAACGCACUGCUUGCAGAAGGAAGUCGAAGUCUUUACGCUUUCGCUCGAGAUCAUGGCCUUCCAUUCUCCAAUCAAAUCAGUAAAGUCAGCGCCAAACAUCAAGUUCCCGUCGUGGCUAUCAUCAUUGGGAGUGUAGUGCAAAUGGCAUUCAACAGUAUCUACUUUGGCACCGUAACGGGAUUCAACACCGUCAUCGCCAUCGCGACGGAGGGAUUUUAUCUCUCAUAUGCUAUGCCUAUGCUCGUGCGCUUAAUCUCCUAUUUCAACGGAUCGCAUCGCCAACUAACGGGUCCUUGGGCCAUGAGACCGCUGGUUUCUUUGCUGGUUAAUGCGGUGGGUCUGGCGUAUCUACUGUUUGCAUGUGUUUCCUUUAAUUUCCCGUCGGUGUACCCCGUUACAAGCGAUAAUAUGAAUUAUACAUCGGCGGCUAUAGGGGUGAUAAUGAUGGUGGCGGCGGUUACGUGGGGGACGACGGCGAGAAAGAGGUUUUCGGGCCCGGAGAUAGUGGUUGCGCAUGGGGUGGCGGGGGUUGAGAGGACGGAUUCGGAUGAGUUGAGUAGGAGGGAGAAGAGGGAGGUGCGGAAGAGUGGGUGA